UAAUAGUAUUUCUGUAAUUUAUCGAGAUUCUCCUGCCUCAAUAAUACGAGAAAAUCAUUGAUCGAAGAGCCCAGAGAUGCUAUGGCAAAUAUGGCUACUCAUAGUUUAAUCUUAAGCACGAUAUUAAACCAUCUAGUUUAUCAAGACCAAUUUAAGGCUCGACUAGUAUCCAACUUAAAUGAGAUUAACAAAAAUCCUCGAUUCUCAAAAAGAGUGCCAGCAGAAAAAGAUAUGGGUUGAGAGAUGAUUCAUCACCAUUUCCUUGCUCCUAAUUUUUAAUUCUUAAGUCAGGAUCCUUUCUACUAAUGUCGUUAUGCGAUUCUAUUCGGACAUUUUUACAGCUCCAGGCUAACUUGGUGAGAAUUCCCUCAAAACCCAGCUCUGCUUCAUUAAAGAUGCAUCUAAUUCAUACCCCAAAGGUCUCAAACUCUUAGUGCCAAGAUGACCAUCUUUUGGCUCAAUUUUGUUAUUAACUUCUAUACCCUCAUGACCUUAAAAUUCAGUGAAUUUAUGAAAUCUUCUGAAAUUUAGAAUUUAUCUCACAAAGUAAAAUUAUAAAUAAAGAGUGGUUCAUGAAAAUAUCUAACAAUAAAAUUGGCCGAGCAUACAGACCUCCAACCAUGAGAAGUAUGGGAAGGUCGUUACCAAAAAUUUUGUGAUGACAGAAAUGUUCGACCAUGACCUUUCACUUUUACUUCUGGUAGAUCCUCUCUAGGCUUCAGAUACAAGCAAGAGAAUAGCCACAAGGUCUCUCGCUUGGUUCUUAAUAUAUGAAGAUAAUACUGAAUUUUGCCUUUUAGAUAAGUCCUUUGUUAAAGAUUAGAUGUAAUUCAUCCUUGGGCACUGUGAAAUUAUACUUAUUUUCAGGUAAUCCUACAUAUACAUACUGGAUGGAUAGAUUAGUACAAGGCAUCAAUCCUUGAAAGGUCUACUUACUAAUUUAUAUAAAUCGCUUGAAUAUUCCAGAGAAGAUCUUGGUCUCCGAUCCGAAAUGUUUAUUUGCACAUCAAACAUCUAAGUUGGUGUCUUUCUGUGAGUCAGAAAAGUUGACUAUCUGGGCCAUAACUAAAAUUGCUAUGGCCCGAUCAAGAAUGGCUCCAUACUAUCUUUUCCAAACCUUAAUCUCUUUGUUCGAAUCAAGAAAUUCCCCUUUAAUCACUCGAUUUUGAAGAUCUGAUGAUUCGGUUAAAUUUCCAAACUUCAACUCGAACGUUCGCUUCAUUUUAAGAGGUGAGAUUAUGCAUUUGAAUUAGGUGACAAUAUUGCCAGUCAGAUUUGAAGCGAUGAUAAAUUGCUAAAACCAUGUGAAAUUAUGCAACGAAACACUCUUUAGAGUCGUUUAGGGCCGAGUUCUUUCUAAACUAUUAGAAAAAAUCCUGGAAAACGACGAAAAUUUCCGGACUCCAAAAUCUAGGUAGCAUAAUGUAAAUAAUUUGCGAUGAAUACUCUUAACGAAACCCAAGAAGUAUUUAUCAGUACUAAUGUUAUUAGGCUUUUGAAUUAUAGAAUAUUUCCAAAACUAGAAGGUGACAGUUACUCUUGGCUGAGCGUAAGGCUCUGCACGUCUUAGAUUUGGCCCUUUCAACAUUAGUAAUACUCUAGUACAUCUUUAGUUACAUAAUGGAUUUUUAAUAACUAAUCGCACCAAAACGUCUAUUUUCAUAUCAAAACCUAAGCUUCUUCAGCAUAUACGACCCAUGAGAGAUGAAAUAUGUAUUAUUCUUCGUUUUUGGACAAAUAAUGGUGGGCAAUCAUAGCCACAAAUCCAUAUUUCUUAAUAUUUAUUCGACUUAGAACUUUGAUAAGUGGUUUGGAGCUGAGUCAC